UAUUGAAACAAAGAUAAAUAUUUAUCAAAUAUAUAAUUUAUAAAUUAUGUACCUUAUAAUGUAAUUCAGUAUAUCGUGAUGUAAAUAUGUUUGUGAUCGCAGAAGAGAAAUAGAAAUAAUAACUUUUCUAUUACAGUUUUUACACAACCUGUAGUGACUGUUACAAACAAACUAUUGUUUUAUUAUGAUUUGGAGAUGGGAAGAUAUGUGCGGUCCACUCGGGCUAGAACCAUGGAAAGAAGAAUCAAAAGACAUUGGACAAUGUUUCCAAGAAUUAUUCUUGCAAAUACCUCUGUUUUUCUUAAUAGCAAUAGUUUCAGGCUUUUAUGUUGGGUACAGAAAAGAUUGGGUUGUUCGGGAAAAGACACAAGAGCGCGCCAUUGUUCUCCGCAGCUUUGUGGUUUUAGCUUUAGUUUUAAUUCCAAUAAUAGAAAUGUAUAUUAUUAUCACUAAAGUAGAUUUUAUUUUAUAUCCUGUUGAUUAUUUUUGUGCGGGUGCAUCAUGUUUAUCAUGGCUGGUGCACUUUGGAUAUGUACUGGCUUUAAAGCAUAGGCUUGGCAUAAGUUCCCGAGGACCCUUACUACAGCUUAUUUUGUGGUGCUGUGUUGUGAUAUUAAAUAUAGUUGCACUCCGAAGUAACAUACUUACAAAUUCUACAAUGGAUUUUAACAUUGCAACAUUGUGCUGCCAUUUCCUUUAUUUUCUGACCCUUUUGCCAUCAAGUGGUUCCAGACCAACAUACUAUUCUCCAUGUCUAGUGGGAAGCCAACAUUCCCAUAAUGAAUAUACUCCUCUGCUUCCACAUAUGGAUGAAGGUAUAUUAGGUACAGCUAUGCAAGGCAAUAAUUACUUUUCUAAAUUAACAUUUACAUGGGUAGAUCCACUUCUACAGAAAGGACUGGAGAAUAAACUACAUGACCCAGAAGAACUAUUUGAUAUUCCAGGAAAAUAUCGAUGUUCAUAUGUGGGUGCAAGGAUGGAUAGAGCUCUUGUUGGUAACAUAGAUAAUUAUCAAUAUGCAGAAGUACCACAUGAACCUUUUAUAACAUCAGGAUAUGGAUCUAUUGGUGAGCCACAACCGCAAACAUCUACACCUGUAACUCCAACUGCUCGUGUCUUAGUACGGCCACAACGUAGACAAAAUGUAACAAUGCUGCAUGCAUUACACACCUGUUUUGCAGUGCAGUUUUAUAGCAUUGGUAUUUUGAAAUUUGUGUCAGACAUGGCAGGAUUUGCUGGACCUAUGCUACUGAAUAAGCUAAUCACUUUUGUUGAUGAUGAAAGUAUUGACCAACAUUUAGGAUACAUAUAUGCAGCGGGGCUUUUAACUUCCACACUAGUGAGUGCAUUAUUCAAUGUUCAUUUUAACUGGUUGAUGUCCUUAAUUGGGCUUAAAAUGCGAGGUGCAAUCGUCGCUACAAUUCUGAGGAAGACAUUAAGUGUGAGCUCUACAGAACUCUCCAAAUCAUUUACAAUUGGAGAAAUAACAAAUUUUAUGUCAACUGACACUGAUAGAAUUGUAAAUGCAUGUCCAAGUUUUCAUGCUGUUUGGAGUAUUCCCUUACAGCUAGUCAUCACACUGUUUCUUUUAUAUCAACAAGUAGGAAUUUCAUUUCUUGCUGGGGUCGCAUUUUCUAUUAUUUUAAUACCUAUAAAUAAAAUCAUAGCGAAUAAAAUAGGCCAGUUAAGUACAGAGUUGAUGCGGUACAAAGAUACUCGUGUUAGUUUGAUGAGUGACUUGCUGAAGGGUAUUAGAACAGUGAAAGUACAUGUAUGGGAAGAUUACUUCAUAAAUAAAAUUUCUGAGGCACGUAAGUCGGAACUACGUUACCUACGAGCACGCAAGUACCUAGACGCGGUGUGUGUGGUCCUGUGGGCAACUACUCCAGUACUGGUGGCGGCACUCACGCUUGGCACCCAUGCGCUACGACACCGCGCUCUUGACGCACCCACCGUAUUUACGACAGUUGCAUUAAUUAAUAUGCUAAUAGCUCCGUUAAAUGCAUUUCCAUGGGUGCUUAAUGGUCUCACCGAAGCCUGGGUGUCGAUUAAACGGAUACAAAAGUUGUUAGAUCUUCCAGAUAUGAACAAUGAAACAUAUUAUAAUAGGCUUAAUACAAACAGAGAUGAAGAUAAGAUUAUAAUUAUUAAAAAUGCGAAUUUCUCAUGGGUUAAACCUUCUAAACGGAAGAAGCCUAAACGUAAAACAAAGGGCAAAGGAACUUCGAAAAGAAAAACUUCUAAAGGAAAUAUUCAACGGCAAGACUCAACAUCGUCAUCAGAUUCUCUAAUACAGGAGGAACCAUUUAUGCUCAAGGAUAUUUCAUUGGAGAUUGGAAGAGGAGAGUUUAUAGGAAUAGCUGGCAAUGUUGGCAGUGGAAAGACAUCAUUGUUGCAUGCUGUUAUCGGGGAAAUGAUAAAAAAGAGUGGUGACAUAGAGAUAUUAGAUGGUAUAAAUGGUUUUGGCUACGUUUCGCAACAGCCGUGGCUAGUUCGCGGUACUAUUCGAGACAAUAUACUAUUUGGAAAACCAUACGACGAAGCUAAAUUUCGUUCCGUCGUCGAUGCGUGUGCUCUUACUGAGGAUUUGAAUGUGCUGGGAUGGAACGCGUAUGUUGGAGAGGGCGGAUGCACACUGAGUGGCGGACAAAAGGCUCGAAUAUCUCUGGCGCGAGCUGUCUAUCAGGAGAAAGAUGUGUACCUGCUGGACGGCGUGCUGUCGGGGCUGGACGGCGCGGUGGCGGCGCACGUGGUGCAGCGGUGCCUGGUGGAGCUGCUGGGCCGCACCACGCGCCUCCUGGUCACGCACUGCCCGCGACACCUGGCGCGCGCACACCGCCUACUGCUGCUACACGAGGGCCGCCUCCGCACAGCAGGUGCUCCUGAAAAUGUAUUACACGAAAUAGAAGAGUUUAUACCGAGCGAAACAGAAACAGAAUCGAUUGCUGAGGAAACGCCAGGUCCCUCUACCAGUUCAAUUGUAAAAAAAAACGAAAUCGCUACUGAUAACCAAGACAAUGUCAGUAGGAACAGUUUAGAUAAUGAGGAAGUAAUGUCGGAAGGAACUGUUGGGUGGUGGGUAAUAGGCCUGUAUCUGCGUUCAGUGGGACCAUUCCUAACAAUUAUGAUCAUCCUGUCUCUAAUACUAAUGCAACUCUCGCAAAACUUUACAUUUUUAUGGCUCGCAUUUUGGGUUCGGAAUAAUUCGAAGAAUAGUACGAGUCUACCAGAUGACUUCAAUUUUAAUCAAGACAUUCACGAAAAUAAGACUAUUUUGGAUCAUGGAUUUAAUAUUUUUGAUAACAUAGUACAUACUAUCGUUAACACUUCAAUGUCGCUGAUUUAUAAUUUAGAUGCGCCAGAAACAAAUACAAGUAAUAUCAAUAGCACAGAGAGAAUUGUAGAGCCAGUGGUUGCAAAUGUUACAUCCGAUUACAAUGACAAUUACUACCUGGAGAUAUAUUUUGCCUUAGCUGGAUUAAACUUGAUAUUUACUAUAAUGCGGGCAUUUUUGUUCGCAUACGGAGGUGUUGAAGCUGCUACAAGGAUACAUAAAAGCCUUUUGAAAGUUAUAGUAAAGGCAAAGGUAAAAUUUUUCGACGUGACGCCUUUAGGACGUAUUCUAAAUAGAUUUUCAUCUGACACUUACACAAAUGACGACACGUUGCCGUUUAUUUUGAACAUACUUCUCGCCCAGUUUUUUUCUUUAAUUGGCGCAGUGGCGGUCGCAAUUUACGGCAUUCCGUGGUUAUUGGCGGGAGUAAUACCGCUGGCAUUUAUAUACUACCGGCUACAACACCGCUAUCGACCCACCUCGCGGCAACUCAAACGGCUGCAGAGCGUUACUCUCUCGCCUGUUUACACGCAUUUUAAUGAUACGCUUGAAGGUCUGACGACUUUGAGAGCCAUGGAUGUGAGUGGACGUUGGGCAGAGCGUGGAGAGGAAUUAGUGGAGGCGUGGCAACGAGCAGCGUUAUGCGGCGCCGCCGCAUCCCAGUGGCUAGCGCUGAGGCUCCAGUUCUGUUCGGGCGCCGUGGUAGCGGCUGCCGCGCUGCUCGCCGUGCUGCAACGAGCCACGCACACCGCCGAGCCAGGACUGGUGGGUCUAGCCAUAUCAUACGCGUUGUCUAUGACUUCGAUGCUGAGCAAUGUGCUCAAUUCAUUCACGGAGACCGAACGAGAGAUGAUAGCUGUUGAACGCGUUGGUGAAUACAUAAAACAGGUUGAAAGUGAAAAGGUUGAUGGUGAUUCACCGCCUUAUGGAUGGCCAUCGCAGGGUGUAAUUGAAUUUGAAAACGUUCACCUAAAAUACAGUGGGCGCGAAAAUGGCCCAUCUGCUCUAGAUGGGUUGUCGUUCAGCACGUGGCCGGGCGAGAAACUGGCGGUAAUAGGGCGUACCGGCGCCGGCAAGAGCUCACUGCUGCACGCGAUAUUGCGACUUGCGCCGCUCAGCGCCGGACGCGUGCUCGUCGACGGCGUCGACGUAGCCACCUUGCAUUUACACGCGCUCAGGGCGCGCAUCGGAGUGAUUCCACAGGAGCCGUUCAUAUUCGCGGGAAGCAUGCGCGACAACGUGGACCCGCUGCACGUGCACACGGACGCGGAGGUGUGGCGCGCGCUGGACGCGUGCGGCGCGCGGGGCCUGGCCCGCCCGCCGCUGGCGCUGGCCGCGCCCGCCGCGCACCUCUCGCGCGGACAUGCGCAGCUGCUCUGCCUCGCACGUGCGCUACUACAGCGCCCCAAAAUUCUACUAGUGGACGAGGCGACCGCGAAUCUGGACCAGGAGACGGAACGGCUGAUACUGGAGACGGUGCGAUGCGCGUUCGGCGGGUGCACGGUGGUGUCGGUGGCGCACCGGCUGGCCGGCGUGCUGGGCAGCGCGCGCGUGCUCGUGCUCUGUCGCGGCCGACUGCUCGACCUCCGCGCGCCGCACGACGCCCUCGCAGACUCCACCUCCUACCUGCACCAACUACACUACGGCUACGGCACUUAGCCAUGGGCUCAGAGUGGAGCGACUAAUAUAUUAUGUAACUAACAAACUAUACCCACUGUCUUACCCCGAUUAUUUAUUUCAAACAACGGUUACAUCCUAUAUCUGUAUGUUAUUUUUUGUGUUGACUGUCGAGUAUGAACUUUUUACGGAUAUUAAGUAUCGGAGUUAGUAUUUAGGUAAUUUAUUAUUUUAGGUUUGGUUGAUCUUACAGGUCUGCCUCACCGUGGCUGCGCUACCUUCUAUUUGUAUAUCUUUUCGGCAAAUUACGAAACGGGAAGACAGAACUAAAUGCAAUUAGCACGCGUUCCAUUUCAUAACUCGUCUUAUGCUAUUGCUAUUGUCUGAUGUGAUUGAUAGUCAGAUGAUUAAAUUCCAGGUGGAACUAAACAGUGUAUAUCAGUUUGUUAUUAAUUGCCUUUGUAUUAAUUUGUAUACAUUGAAACACUAAUUAUAAUCUUCUGCUUUACCAUUAUUCGAAAUUAGGUAUUAUAUCACCAUACCAUAUGUACUUUCUUUCUUAAGCAAUUUGUUUCCAGAUAAUAUUCCAAGCCAAUUGGUUUCCAGAAUAAAUGACACAGAGGCACACAUAAAAAUUAAAUAAUAUGUGCAGUCGCCCUCUAAUACUUCUAUCUGACUAAACAUAUAUCAAUUUCUUUUAUUUUGAUUAGACUAGAUGCAAUAACUACGUCACUCUCUAAACAGAAUGGCCAAUGCUACAAGUAUUCUGUAGUUUUAAUUUGUAAUCCUUCUGACUUAUAAUCUUAAUAUCGAUUUUGAAAAGUUUUUUUUUUCUUGUCGUCCUGAUAUAUGUACGUAGGCGCUAGUUUGGGAGCUGGGACUACAUGUAGCGUUGGACUAAUGCUAAGAGUUCUAAUUUUGCUGUAAUCAGCAUAAUUAUAAUUGUAAUUUUUAAUUGUGCAUGUAUUGAAACAGUAUUGAUAUCUAGACAAGUAGUAGAUAUUCAGGUAUUUGUUAGUUUAUUUUAUUUCUAUUCUUUCAUAAUUUUGUUAUCGCAUGCAUAACUCUAAUUACGUCCACACUACAAUUAAAAGUAAUUUGACUACCUGGCCAGCGUUAAUAGAUAUUAGUAGAUAAUGUGUAGGCGAUGGUCUGGUUGUCUAAAUCUAACAUUGUGAUAGUCUAUUUUCAGUUUCUUGUUGAUGGUACAUAUAGACCUGUGAGCAUAAAUCCUUAUUUUAGUUUUGUUAAUUACUAAGCA